CAAUUCAUUACGCUCUACGCUUGCGAUCGCGAAUAGUUCAGUAGUUGUCAGUUGAGGAAAGCAGAGUUUGUGUUGUGUUGUGCGGACAUGGCUUCCCGUAAAAAGCAAGACGAGAAAAACUUGAAAACUCUUCGCGAGUUAGCUGCCUUGUCUUCUAACAAGUACUGUUUUGACUGUAAUCAAAGGGGACCCACAUACGUAGAUAUAACAAUAGGCUCAUUUGUUUGCACUAAAUGUUCUGGAUUAUUGCGAGGCUUAACGCCCCCCCACAGGGUGAAGUCGAUCUCGAUGGCCACGUUCAACCAAGACGAGAUCACCCAGUUAGAAAGCAAGGGCAACGACUACUGCCGAAAGGUCUGGCUCGGCCUAUUCGAAGGCACUCCCCCUAACGACUCCAGAGACGAGCAGGCCAUCAAGGACUUCAUGGUCGAGAAAUACGAACGCAAAAGAUACUACAUGGAACCCAAGCACGUGCCGAAAAACGGCCACACGAAAACGACGCCCGCCGUCGCCGCCACCACGAACGGUCACACGAAGACGAUGCCCCUGAGCUCCAGCGCCGCGGCAAAGAUCGAACAGCCACCAAAGAAAGGGCACAAAAUGUCGUCCAGUUCGAAGAAGAACGACUUCAUGCCAAAAGACGCCCUAAGUAUCAUAUUCCCGUACCAGUCGGAGUACAGGAAGAGGCCGGAGGUGCCGACCAGCGUCUCGACGCCGAAGAGCGGAGGUGACUUUGUGGCGAAUUUCGACACAGCGGACAUUUUUAGUGCGUCGAAUAAUAACACGACGACGUCGACGCCGGUACAGCAACAACAACAGCAGGGAUUCGCAAAUUUCGACAACAACCCCGUGUUCAGUAAUAUUACCACUACUUCUAAUAACGCAAAUACAGAGUUCAGCAUCUUCGAUUUGGACUUUACCAGCUGCGGUCCAGUUUUAAACCAAGUGCCUCUUUUUCCUAAAUGUAAUGUGAAUAAAAACAGAUGGAGCUUGCCUCCAACCUCAACAUUAAACCAAAUGAAUCAACAUAGUCAGAAUAUAUCAAACAAUGUACCUUCCGAGGAUAGAUAUGCAGCUCUGAAGGACUUGGAUAACGCCCUCAAAACGCAGACUGCCUUAGACUGGAGCUCUAGUGGAUCAAAUGGAUCUUUAUACAGUUCGCCCACACCCACAGGAUCAAUGUACAGCAGUCCUUCACCGCAAAGUUCCUUGUUCGGCUCGCCUAAUCAAAGUCAAUUCUUGAAUGGUUUUGUAGCCCAACAAGAGAUGAAUGGAAUAUCCAACCCAUUUGGAAAUAAUGGUUUCAGUUGGAACAAUCCUAAAGUAAAUGGUAUGAAUGGAGGCAUGAAUGGUACAAAUGGUUUUCACCUGCAAAAUAAUUAUCAGAAUCCCUUCAGAGUGAGUGAAAUGAACAAUAAGAUGAACGGAUUUUCUCCAAUGGUGCAGCCUAAUGGAUUUCAAAUGGGUGGAGAUAUGUUAUGGAAUGCUAACCCGUUUAAGGUUGGGGCCACUACGAUGGGUUCAAAUAACCCGUUCUUAUGAGUUGUGAAUAAAAUUUGUAUGGUAAUCUCCUUCUACUUCAUCAGUCUAGCUGUUCAACAACAAAUGCUUCGAACCCAACUUUGCCAUAAUCAGCUAACACUGCAGUUUUUUAAAAGAAAACUAUUUAUUUAUUUAAAGGCCUCUAUGUAGCAAAAGGAUAUUAUACCAAAAAAUGCUUGUAAUCUUUUAUAUAUUUUUUAAAUGAGUGUAAAAUUAGUAUUCAUCUGAAUAUUAAAUAUUGUAUGCAAAGUUAUGAAAUUCAUCUCUGUUGCCUUUUUAUAAUGGGUGUAAAAAGGGUUAUUUAUUUAUGUUUCAUGUAACAGAAAUUUUUUACACCCUUUAUAAUUUCAUUGUAUGUCGAUUUAGAUAAGGAACAAAUCAUGAACAACCAAGUAGGUAGUAACUUGUUUUGUAUAUUUUUGGAAUCAGCCACUUUUAGGUUAAUGUCAUAAAAACUAUUUUUAAAUACUAAAGUUCAUAUUUGGUAAGUUUUAAUUGCUAAUGACAUUGUUCUGUGAUACAAAAAGGUGAAAAUACAAUUUUGUUGUACAGUAAAAUUACAAAAUUGUUACCUCUA